CCGUCCUCGAACGAUCGAAUUCUUUAAUUUGCCACAGAACCUGCCUCGAGCUCUACUUUCGGGAUUAAGUCAUCAUAAAAGACGUAUCGCGCAGGGUUUCAUAUAAUCUUAUCCAUCUAACAGAACCCAGUUUUUAACAUGGUCGGCGUCCCUGGAAAAUACAAAGGUUGCAAUACCUGUCGAGCGAGGCGAGUCGCAUGCGACAACGGGAGACCGUUCUGCAAAAAGUGCACGGAUUAUGGUCGCGAUUGCGGUGGGUACGAAAGGGAGACUGUUUUCAUCGUCGGCACCCCAAGCCAAAAAGGGAGAUGUUCGUCUCAUCCGCCUCGGAACCAGCAUGGUAGCAGAAAGGCUAAAACUAGCGAGGCCCGACAAGCAGAGAAGCUGCAUUUUGUAGCUACCCAGCCUUGGCAGCCGGCGUGGAUGGAUAUGGUAUCGUUGUCAUCCGCUGCCGGGUCACAUCGCGUCCGAUUCGUCGCUCUUCAGACAGAUCUCAGCUCUGCGAUUAGGCCUGGGAGCGGAUCACCACGAAGGAAUGAAGUAACAUUGUCUUUGGGUAGUCCACGCGCUCCAGAUGCCAAUAUAGCAUCCGGUUACGAAAACUUUGGUAUGAAGGCCCGCUGUCUCAUCCACCUGCCGCCAAAGAGUAACAGCAGGCAAACUGCUAACGAGAACUCGGAGGGGCUCUGCCUAUUUCUUUACGAGCAAAAUUCGUCGGCUGUUUAUAGUAACGGGCCGCCGUGGAAAGACCCUGCCGCCCUACACGAUCGAAUUCGUGAGCCGGGUCCCGGAGCGUAUCAGUCAUUCCCUGAACAUCAUUUCUUCGCUCGAGUUUAUCGACCAAACGCUAUCUGGGCCGCAUUACUCAAUCGCCAACCGACAUUCCUCUGCUCGCCGGAAUGGACGGUCGUGCCUUGGGAACGCCACCCGAGGACACCACUCGACGAUCUCCUCGAUAUAGUCGUCCUCUUGCCGUCGAUAUUCUCGCGGGCGGACCGCAUAACACCAUUAGAGGUGAGCGACUCUCGCCGCUUGAAGGCGAAGGACCUUUUGAUCAGCUGCGUCAAUAUCGAGAGACAAUUUGAUAUCUGGUAUAGCAUGGUGCACCAAAGAGUUGACGAUUCGGGAUCGCCACUGUACUGGGUGACGGAUGCAACGACUAGUGGUGCUCAAGCACCGUUUUUAGACGCGUUCAGCUUCCCAUCGCCAUUGAUAGGAUUAGUCCACGUCUGCUAUUGGGCCGUUCUCAUCAGUUUCCACCAGUGUAUGUGUGCGCUCAUAGACGCCAUCUUCCAAUCUGGAAGCGGGGAGCUCUCGGGCUCGAGCAUGGCAUGCACGGUUGGCAUAGAUCCUAGGAAGUACCAGCCAGGCCAAACUAGAAUGAUCGCGGCAAACCUAUGCCGAAGCUUGGAUUUUACACUUCAAACCACAGGGCAACCAGACCUCUUAGCUGCGCCGUUCCUUAUAGUGAGCGAUUUCUACAACAGGAUCGGGCGCUAUGGUGAGGGCGACAUAGAACGCCAGUGGUGUGCGGGGUUCAAGAGGAGGCUCGACGCGAGAAGUCGCGAAGUAAGUUCAUGGUUUGAAGAGAAGAAAUGGAUUGAAACAAGGCAAUUCGGAUAGACGCGAUGUCAC